GGAUCAGGAAGGAGGAAGUAGUUGGUGUUCUCAGGACCUGGGACCUGCCUGACUGGGGGAGCUCCGAGGCUGGGGGGUGGCAUCCAGAGGCCUGGAGCUGAGAUGGAUUUGGCGGAAGACCUGGGGAAGGAGCUGGAGACCACAGCCCAGGAAGUGCUGGGAAAACUGAGGAGCCAUACGCUGUUCCAGUCCAAGUGGGACACCGCUGCCCUCAUCAUCUUCCUCAUCUUCCUUGGCACCGUGUUGCUCUUUCUGCUGCUUGUUUGUAUCCACUGCUGCUGCUAUAGCUGCUGCAGCCGCCGUGUCUCCAGACCCCAGAAGGUACACCCCAGGGGAGUGGAUAACUUGGCCCUGGAGCCUUAACACAGCGAGCCCCCAGCCCCCCUGCCCAUGGGUCCUGCUAGGCAGCAGUGACAACGCCUUGUUUGCCCAGCCGGAGUCUGCAGUGUGUUUCGAGCUUCCCGGCCAGGGGCGGGCAGUGUGGGCACUCCCUGCUUUAUCCAGAUGCCCACCUGCUCCCUCACAGCUCUCGGCCAGCAGGACUGUUCCCAGACCUCAAGUAACCUGCUCCAGGUCACACAGCAGCUGCUGACAGGAGGGGAAGCUGGGCCCCAUCCAAGUCAGGGACCGGAACUCCCAGACUGAAACCUCAUCCCCCUGUCCACUCAGCUCCUUGGCAGCCUGGAGGACCCCUUGAAAGGUGGCACGGUGAGGCCAGGGGCUCAGUCAUUGGGUAUCCCACCCAGCUGCCAACUAUCAGGGAUACCCAGCCUGGGCCCCACUCACUCAGAAGGACGGACAGACAGACAGACAGACGCUCCAGGUAAAGUCAGAUGAUCUUUAUUUCCUGGAGGCCUUGUCGGGGAUGUGGAGCAAAUAAAUGCGAGGGCGCCACAGCUCAUUGUGGGCAGUUUCCAUCUGCCCUCCCGGCUCACAGCUUAGGGCCACCACCCUCUCCUCACCCUCCAUGGGCUGCCUCUCAUCAUCUUGGGGCAGCUCAGAAGGCAGGAAAAGGAUGGGGAAGGAAAGCCCUGGGCCUGGCCCCACCCUGGGUCCAAAGGUUGCCACUGUGCAAGGAAGGCAGGGUUUGGAAUGUGGGCCACCUCUGGGCUCUGCCUCCCUGACCGCCCACCUUCCCGACCCCCCGCUCCCACCCCUGCAAAAUGAAAAGCAAGCCAGCAUCCCUGUCUUUCAGCGUUUCCAGUGUUCAUUUCCAUUUGUGCAAAUGUGAUGGACAGGAUGGGGCAAAGAGGGAAAUAAAUAGCCCAUGCUGCCCG